GGCAAAUUAAAUGCGUUUAGAUUUCCCUGGUGUUAAUUCUUCUAUCAUCUUUUUAUUGAUAUAUAAUCUCAGAUCCUCAUUGAAAUAUUGCAAAAACAUAGCUGAACAAUGGGCACAGUGUUUGAAGAAACCAAUAAGCCUCAUGUCUUGUGCAUUCCAUUCCCUGCACAAGGUCACAUAACUCCCAUGCUCAAACUAGCCAAACUUCUGCACCACAAAGGCUUUCACAUCUCAUUUGUCAACACAGAAUUCAACCACAACCGCCUCAUCAAAUCUCGUGGUCCGGAUGCCCUGCAUGGCUUGCCUGAUUUUAGAUUUUACACCAUCCCUGAUGGCCUGCCACCCUCGAAUCCUGAUGCAACUCAAGAUAUUCCUACCCUGUGCAAGUACACUCCUAUCAACUGCUUGCCUCCUUUGAUCAACCUUAUUUCCAAACUCAACGACUCUUCUGUCUCCGGGGUUCCACCCGUGUCAUGUAUUGUUUUUGAUGGGGUCAUGACAUUUACCCUGAAAGCUGCUGAACACUUCAGUAUUCCUGGAGUGAUCUUCUGGACUGCAAGCGCUUGCGGCCUCAUAGCAUAUAUGCAGUACCGUGAACUCGUGGAAAGAGGCUAUAUACCACUAAAAGAUAAGAGCUAUGAAACAAACGGAUAUCUGGAUACAAAAAUUGAUUGGGCUCCAGGAAUGAAAGACAUGAAACUGAAGGAUUUUCCAAGUUUCGUUAGAACUACAGAUGUCGAUGAUAUAAUGGUUAAUUUCUUCUUAACUGAGACUGCAGCCAUUCCUAAAGCUCAAGGACUUAUCAUAAACACAUUUAGUACUCUCGAAGAGGAUGCUUUGAAAGCAAUUUCCGCGAGUCAGCCUAAUGUAUAUACCAUUGGGCCGCUGCACUUGAUCAUGAAUCAGAUCCGGGAUGAUCCACUUAUGUCCAUCAGCUCAAGUUUGUGGAAAGAAGAGGAUAGCUGCCUUGACUGGCUUGACAAAAAAGAUCCAAGCUCAGUUGUUUAUGUGAAUUUUGGUAGUAUCACUGUGAUGACCACGAAGCAGCUGACUGAAUUUGCAUGGGGCUUAGCUAACAGCAAGAAACACUUCUUGUGGAUAGUAAGGCCUGACAUGAUUGCAGGGGACACAGCCAAGGUGCCGCCAGAGUUUGUGACUGAAACGAGAGAAAGAGGCCUGUUGGCAGGCUGGUGCUCUCAAGAAAAGGUCCUGAAGCACCCUGCCAUUGGAGGGUUCUUGACUCAUAGUGGCUGGAAUUCGACUAUUGAGAGCAUUGCUAGUGGCGUGCCAGUCAUCUGCUGGCCUUUCUUCGCUGAACAACAGACGAACUGCAAGUAUAGCUGUGCAGAAUGGGGAAUUGGACUGGAGAUUGAUGAUAAUGUGAAGCGAGAUGAAGUGGAGGAGUUGGUGAGGCAGCUGAUGGAUGGCGAAAGGGGAAAGGAAUUGAAGAAUAACGCGAUGGAGUGGAAAAAGAAAGCUGAAGCAGCUGCUAGCCCUGAUGGUUCUGCUUCACUAAAUUUAGAAAGAUUGGUUAAUGAGGUGCUACUACAAAAGUAGCAACUAAAAUGUGGUAGCAACGAUAUCAAUGUGCACCAGAAGCUUUAGAAAUCUCAGACACAGAUCAUUUUUACUCAAUUCAGUUAAAAUUUAGUUCA